CACCUUCAAUUUGUGGAUUAAUUAAUUAAUUAAAUUAGUCUUUCAUUAUUUGUUAACAAAAAUAAAUAAAUGAAAUAAAAAAGCGCCAAUAUAUAUUUUUUUUUUAGGUAUAAAACUAUAAAUUAUCCUCUCUUAGUUCUUUUCCGGUUUUCUAAGCCUUCGCUUUUCUCUCCCUUCCUCUUUUGUACUGUUCUCUCCCUCCAUUUUUUUUUAUUUCUUUUUUUUUUUUAUUUAAUCUUUUCUCGCCGGGAAACCUCCCUUCAUCGCCGGAAAACUGCUUUCUCCGGCGAAUAGGCUCCGCCUCUCACCGGAAAACUGUUGGCUCCGUUGUUGUGAUUCUGUUUGAAUUUUCUGGUUGAUUUUCGUGGACUUGGUCUGGAAAAAAGGUUCUGGAUCUCUGUGGCUGAGUUGGUACGUUGUCUUUUCCGACGCCUCUUGAGAAUGUGGCGACCCUGGUUCUCUUUGAAGGCUUGGUCUUGAUCGGACAUGGCUAGGAUCGUGAUCUAGGGUUUGGUUUCGUGGAUUCUGAUUCGGUUUUCUUAGUUUUAUGUUCCUUUAUUCUCUGUUUUUUUCCCCAUCUGAACGAAGACGGAGUCGUAUAGAGCGAGACUUCGGAAUGAAAUGGUGGAGGGAAGGGUUUGUUUGUCCAAAGAGGUGAAAAAUGGAUUAGAGAUUCUGAAGCGUAAAAGGCUUCAGCGUAUGAAAUCUGAAACUGUUACAGGGCCUAUAAGUAUCAGUAAUAUGAUGGCUCGUAGUGGAGGGGAUGCUUUAAGAUCUUCAGCAUCCUGUGGUAUUAGAUUACAUGGUAAUGCAGAUUCUUUUCCUCGGUCCAAUGGUGCUUUAAAUGAUAAGGACGUUUUUUCAAAGCGCAAGGUGGAUAAGUUUGACACUAGUGAUCUGGAAUGGACUGAGAAAAUUCCUGAGUGCCCUGUGUAUUGUCCAACAAGGGAAGAGUUUGAGGAUCCCUUGACUUACUUGCAGAAGAUAGCUCCAGAUGCUUCGAAAUAUGGAAUAAUCAAGAUUGUUUCCCCUUUAACUGCUUCUGUUCCAGCGGGGGUUGUGUUGAUGAAGGAGAAAGCAGGAUUCAAAUUCACAACCAGAGUACAGCCUCUUCGUCUUGCUGAGUGGGACACUGAUGACAAGGUUACCUUUUUCAUGAGUGGAAGAAAUUACACGUUCCGUGAUUUUGAGAAAAUGGCAAACAAGGUUUUUGCUCGUCGAUAUUGUAGUACUGGGUGUCUUCCUGCCACUUAUUUGGAAAAAGAAUUUUGGCAUGAAAUUGCUUGUGGAAAGACAGAAACUGUUGAAUAUGCAUGUGAUGUUGAUGGCAGUGCUUUUUCAUCUUCUCCCACUGAUCAGCUUGGAAAUAGCAAAUGGAAUUUGAAGAGACUUUCAAGGCUUCCCAAGUCUGUUCUGCGCCUUCUAGAAACAGCAAUUCCGGGAGUAACUGAUCCUAUGCUCUACAUAGGAAUGCUAUUUAGCAUGUUUGCUUGGCAUGUUGAGGAUCAUUAUUUAUAUAGUAUCAAUUACCAUCAUUGUGGGGCAUCAAAAACUUGGUAUGGAAUUCCAGGUCAUGCUGCUUUGCAAUUUGAAAAGGUUGUCAGGGAGCAUGUGUAUACACGCGAUAUCCUAUCAACUGAUGGGGAGGAUGGUGCUUUUGAUGUUUUACUGGGGAAAACAACUUUAUUUCCUCCGAACGUUUUGUUGGAUCAUGAUGUCCCCGUUUACAAAGCUGUGCAAAAGCCAGGAGAGUUUAUAAUUACCUUUCCUAGGGCAUAUCAUGCUGGAUUCAGUCAUGGUUUCAACUGUGGCGAGGCAGUGAACUUUGCUAUUGGUGAUUGGUUUCCUAUGGGUGCUGUUGCCAGUCGACGCUAUGCUCUUCUUAACAGGAUGCCUCUGCUUCCUCAUGAAGAAUUAUUAUGCAAAGAAGCAAUGCAUCUAUAUACGAGUACUGAACUUGAAGAUUCUGAUUAUUCCCCUGCAGACUCGGUCUCUCAGCGUUGCAUUAAAACCUCUUUUGUGAAAUUGAUGCGCUUCCAGCAUCGUGCUCGCUGGUUUUUAGUGAAAUCGGGGAUGUGCACCAGUAUUUCUUCGUACUCUUAUGGAACUAUACUUUGCAGCCUAUGCAAACGCGAUUGUUAUGUGGCAUAUAUUAUCUGUAGCUGUUAUUUGCAUCCUGUUUGCUUACGUCAUGAUGUUCAGUCUCUGGAUUUAUCAUGUGGCAGCAAUUAUGCCAUCUGCUUACAGGAGGAUAUUUCAGAAAUGGAAGUUGCAGCCACAAAAUUUGAGAAGGAAGCUGGAAUAUUGGAGGGGAUUAAUCGGCAGGCUAGAAAUGGUGAUGACUUGUAUUUCUAUGAGCUAUCAAAGUUGUCUAAAAGAGUUGAUGAAGAUGGAUACUCUCCUUACUGUGAGAUAAAGUUAGAGUUGAAUUGUGAUUUUAGUGGUACAACCACUCGGGACCAAUCGCAAGAGCUAGAGCAUCUUUAUUGUAAUGUACCCACUAACAGAAGACGAAGUUUAAGUCCUCAAGUGUCAGAAACUUCUACUUGUGUAGCAUCUACUCUUUGUUCUUUGGCGGAGCCUCUGGAGGGCUCAACUCGUGCUGAUGUAAAGGGAAGUUCUAACUUCAGUACAAGGAAUGUUGAUUCUAAAAGGUCAUCUGAAGAAUUGUCGCGCGGUACAUAUGAAUCUUCUCUGUCCUCCCUGUCCUGUGAUGAAUACUUGGGUGCAUGUCCAGACAAUCUUCCUGGAUCAGAGGAUAGGCCUGCUGCUGUGGAACAUGACAGUGAUGAUUCUGAUUCGGAGAUAUUUAGGGUCAAGCGCCGUUCUUCACUAAAGGUGGACAAAAGAAACUUAAAUGAUGUCACGUCAUCAAAGCAUUCUGACCACCAGGGUUUUAAACGACUGAAGAAACAACAACCUGAUGGAAGAUGUGGAUAUUUUGUGCCAUCGGAUUGCUUCAGAACUGACGAAUCAAAUUCUAGAUUAACCACCGCUAAUUACAAAGGAGCUCCAGAGAGUGUCUCAAUGGAUAGGGUUUCCAGAGGUAGUAGCAUUCCCAUCUCUAUUAAGUUCAAGAAGUUGGCCAAUGAGGAUGUGAGUAGACAGCGAGAACACCUGAGAAAAGAUAGACUCCAGAUUGAGUAUGGCAACAGCAGGAGGGAAGUAGUACCCCCUAUAGAGAUUGGGACGAAGCGCCUUAAAGUCAAAGGCCCUUCUUUUCUAGGGUCGGAGAGCAGGUUAGAUUGAAGAAGAGAAAAAUAUUAACAGAUCCGCCAGGAAGCAACAACAAAUUUUUAGUUGGCCUGCCCUCUGGAGCAUCAUCUAGAGCCUGACUUUGCUAACUUCAUUUUCUCUAAUGGGGUUCUAACAAUACAGGGAGAAAAAAAAAAUGGAAACAGAAAGCUAAAAUCAUUGAUUCUGGGAGCAGUGACAAAAAUUAACCUAGGAUUUAUAAAAAAAAAAAAAAUUCAUAUUCUUUGUGCAGGCCUCAAAUUGGGCAAGUACGCACUAUUGGUGAUUCUUGAGGUUCUCUUGGGCCAGGUUAUUUUUGUGUCUUUGGCAGGAGAACCUUCCUGCAAAAGCUUACAAAGUAGAGAUUGGGUUUAGAUUUGAUGUUGAUUAUGUAAAUUUGUUUUUGCGUCAAUUCUUGUGAGGGGGGGGAUAAGUAGGGUAUUCUUGCUAACCUUCUUCAUUUUUAAGGUGUUCGCUGCUUCUAGGGUUCUUUAUUCUUUUUGUAGCAGGUGGGGUCGUUGUACCUUUUGGACUACUUAAAUAAAAGUUCACAGAAAUUGUCCUUUUUA